GGAGGACAGCGCGCCCGCCUGCCAGCCGCGGAGAGGAGAGGAGGAGAGAGGAAAGGAGAGGACAGGGGAGGAGAGGGAAGGAGAAGAGAGCAGAGAGGAAAGAGGAGAGGGAGCGCCCGCCGGGGCUGAGUGCCCGCGUCUCCACCAUGAGCAUCUCUCCCUGAGCAUCAUCCCUGGUUGGGGCAGGCUGAAGGGCAACGGAGAGCCAUGCGGGCUGCGGAGGCUGCGGCUCUGCUGCCCUGGCUGCUGCUGGGCAUCUCGGGCAUCUUCCCGCUGGCUCUGUGCAGGCUGCCAGGAGACGCCUUGUUGACGGAGCUGGAGAGAAGGAACGAAAACCGCUUUCUGGAGAGAGAGAACGUCGUGCCCCUCCGGCUCGUCUACCGCUCGGGAGGCGAGGACCAAACUCGCCAUGACGUGCUCACCACUCGGAUCCGGGGCGCCCCGGCUGGCGGCGGCACCGGCGGCGAGCAGUCUACUCACGUUGACCAGGCAAGCUUCCGAGUUGAUGCUUUUGGAUCAACUUUCAUUCUUGAUGUUGUCCUCAACCAUGACUUGCUGUCAUCUGAAUACCUGGAGAGACACAUUGACCAUGGAGGAAAGAUUGUGGAAGUUAAAGGAGGAGAACAUUGUUACUACCAUGGCUACAUUAGAGGAUACCCUGAUUCCUUUGUUGCCCUGUCGACAUGCCAUGGACUCCACGGAAUGUUCUAUGAUGGGAACCACACAUAUCUUAUCGAGCCAGAAGAAAAUGACACCUCCCAGGAGGACUUCCAUUUCCACUCAGUUUACAAAUCCAAACUGUUUGAAUUUCCCUUGGAUGACCUGCCAUCUGAAUUUCAACAAAUGAACAUCACUUCUCCAAAGUUCAUUGUGAAACCAAGACUAAAAAGGAGUAAAAGGCAGCUUCGUCGGCAUCCACGCAAUGUAGAAGAGGAGACAAAAUAUGUUGAACUGAUGAUAGUGAAUGAUCACCUAAUGUUUAAAAAACAUCGACUCUCGGUGAUGCAUACAAAUACCUAUGCUAAAUCUGUGGUGAACAUGGCAGAUUUAAUCUAUAAGGAACAACUUAAGACAAGGAUAGUGUUGGUUGCCAUGGAAACCUGGGCAGCUGACAACAAGUUCACCAUAUCUGAAAAACCGCUGACAACCCUACGUGAGUUCAUGAAAUAUCGGAAGGAUUUUAUCAAAGAGAAAAGCGAUGCCGUCCACCUUUUCUCGGGAAGUCGAUUUGAGAGUAGCCGGAGUGGGGCAGCUUAUAUUGGUGGGAUUUGCUCGUUGCUGAAAGGAGGAGGAGUGAAUGAAUUUGGGAAAACGGAUUUAAUGGCAGUCACUCUUGCGCAAUCAUUAGCACAUAAUCUUGGUAUUUUCUCAGACAAAAGAAAAUUAGUAAGCGGUGAGUGUAAGUGUGAGGACACAUGGUCUGGAUGCAUAAUGGGAGACACGGGCUAUUACCUCCCGAAAAAGUUCUCUCAGUGCAAUGUCGAUGAGUAUCACGACUUCUUAAAUAAUGGAGGUGGUGCCUGCCUCUUCAAUAAACCAUCCAAGUUAUUAGAUCCUCCCGAGUGUGGCAAUGGCUUCAUUGAGACUGGAGAAGAGUGUGACUGUGGCACACUUGCAGAGUGUGCUCGGGAAGGAGCAGAUUGCUGUAAGAAGUGUACCUUGACAGAAGACUCCCAAUGCAGUGAUGGUCUCUGCUGUAAAAAGUGCAAGUUUCAGCCUAUGGGAACUGUAUGCCGGGAGGCAGUGAAUGAUUGUGAUAUUCAGGAGACAUGUACAGGGAACUCCAGCCAGUGUGCCCCAAAUAUCCAUAAAAUGGAUGGAUAUUCAUGUGAUAAUUUUCAGGGCAUUUGCUUUGGAGGAAGAUGUAAAACCAGGGACAGACAGUGCAAGUACAUCUGGGGGCAAAAAGUGACUGCUUCUGAUAAAUACUGCUAUGAAAAACUGAAUAUUGAAGGGACCGAGAAAGGUAAUUGUGGGAGAGACAAAGACACUUGGAUUCAGUGCAACAAACAGGAUGUACUUUGUGGUUACCUCCUAUGUACCAACAUCGGUAACAUUCCAAGGCUUGGCGAGCUAGAUGGGGAAAUCACAUCCUCUCUAGUUGUGCAGCAGGGAAGGACAUUAAACUGCAGUGGUGGUCAUGUUAAGCUUGAAGAAGAGAUUGACCUUGGUUAUGUUGAAGAUGGGACACCAUGUGGCCCCGAAAUGAUGUGCCUAGAACGGAGGUGUCUCCCUACUGCCUCUUUCAACUUCAGUACCUGCUUGAGUAAAAAAGGAAAUGCCAUUUGUUCAGGAAAUGGGGUUUGCAGUAAUGAAAUAAAAUGUGUCUGUAACAAGCAUUGGAUAGGUGCAGACUGUAAUACUUAUUUACCAUACAGUGAUGGCUCAAAAUCUGAUCUAUCUGGGCCUGGCAAUGGUGUUGCUGGCACAAAUAUCAUAAUAGGGAUAAUUACUGGCACCAUUUUGGUGCUGGCUCUCAUAUUAGGAAUAGCUGCAUGGGGUUACAAAAAUUAUCGAGAGCAGAGACAAUUACCCCAGGGAGAUUAUGUAAAAAAGCCUGGAGAUGCCGAUUCUUUUUAUAGCGACAUGCCUCCGGGAGUCAGCACAAACUCAGCAUCUAGUUCUAAGAAGAGGUCUGCUUUUCUGUCGCAUUUUCAGAUUUCUACCUGUUCCAUCCCACAUUAUUCCAUUAGUCAGAACAUUUCAUUAUUUUGCAGCAGGUCAAAUGGACUCUCCCAUUCCUGGAGUGAAAGGAUUCCAGAUACAAAACAUAUUUCAGACAUCUGUGAAAAUGGAAGACCUCGAAGUAACUCAUGGCAGGGUAAUCUAGGAGGCAACAGAAAGAAAGUCAGAGGCAAAAGAUUUAGACCACGAUCUAAUUCAACUGAGAGGGAGCCCCAAGCAUCCGAGCCUGGGCACUCCCUCGACCAGCCAAUCCCAACCCAAGGCAUAAGCCCAGGGCUUUCCGACCCCCCCUUGACAGGGAGUCAGGACCACAGGUAUUUAAACCCAUGGUUCAAAAGAGAAUAUAAUGUAGCUAAGUGGGUAGAAGAUGUGAAUAAAAACUCUGAAGGACCAUACUUUAGGACUUUGUCUCCUGCCAAGUCUCCUUCUUCCUCUACUGGAUCUAUUGCCUCCAGCAGGAAAUACCCGUAUCCAAUGCCUCCACUUCCUGAUGAGGAGAAGAAGGCUAACAGACAAAGUGCCAGGCUAUGGGAGACAUCCAUUUAAGACCGACUGUUUACAUGUGACACAUUGGAACUGUUUACUUCAACUUUUAUGGAAAUUCAGCCUCACCGAGUCGACGCAAAUGUAUCUGCUCCUCAGAUGAUAUGAAAGACCCACAGAGAUGCCAAGGAGGAGAGAGAGCUGCAUCUCAUCCCUGGAUCAUAUUUUUUUUUUUCACUGCUGGCUUACAUUUUACUCAAACCAUGUAAAGAACACUGGGGAUCAUAUAACAUAACACAGAAUAACAAAUAGUCUGAAUAGAACCAAGGAUAAUCCGCAUGACAGAUAGAUAAAUAGGACUACGAGUAUUUCACAGGUCCUCAAUAUAGCAAGUUUCCCAGAUAGGAAAUGCAGUCCAAAUGAGGCCAAUUGUGGGUCCAGAACUGGGUACCUGAAGCACAUCCUCACCGUAGACCAUAAUGCUAUGUGCAUGAGUCUUUUUUAAUUUGUUCUCCACAUUUAAGGAAACAACAUACCAUAGUAGAAACUAGCAUGCAGGGUUAAGACAUAAUGGGGCUCUUUCUGCAGGACUGUAAGCUAUGAGAGGCUAAUAGCCUACAUACACUUUAAAAAACACAUCCUUUUUUACUUUUUAUGUUUAUAUUCUCAGUCUAGAAGUACAAAUGUACAUAAGUAAACGUUUUUAAAUGUCAAAAACAACUGUUACACACAAGUGUAUUUUGCCAAAUGCCUAAACAGUCUCAUGACUAAUAACCAUCGUUAUAGAUCCAAUGGUCUUCUAAGAUGAUGAGCAGGUUAAAUUGUAAAUAUAGAAGUCGGUGAUGUAAAUGUGUUUCUCCAACACUAGUGUCUGACCAGAACAUCCGAUGUCCCUUUAAACCGUGGGCAUCCUGGAGGCUUGGAGUAACUGAUCAAGACAUCGAAAUGCCAAUCUGGGCUUCCUGCCCCCAACGUUGUGCUAAAGCAGCGCAUGACAGCUGGUGCCCUGCAAUUAGGUCCUAUGUUGCUCUCUGACCUAAAGGUUGUCCGAUCGUUCACAUUUUUCUUCCAGCAACAUCAACGAUACUAACUCUAGCAGCUACUGUUUUUCCAAGUAUUUAUUACUGGCACAUUUAUAUUGCUAGUCACGAAGAAAACUUGGAGCUAGGUAACAGGAGGUUACCUGGAAGAAAAACAAAAAACAAAAGAAAUGCACCAGGCACUGCUCGGACAACUGGAGAAUACCAGAAGUUUCCAUCCUGGUAGGCUAAUAAAUGAAAUCCGAAGAGGCAAUACACGUGUGUGUAGUAUCUGCAAGGUUAUAAAAACAACUGAUGGGAGAAAGCUAAUAUUUUGAACCUUGAAUUUUAUUUUUUGAUUCACAGAAAAAUAGGAAUUCUAAUUUCAAAGACUCUUUCCUCCAGUUCAACCCGGUGGAAGACUGGAAGUUGGUGAUGGUCCCACUAGGCCUUCCUGAAUGUGGGAUGUAUUCUAAUGAACUCCCCAAGUGGUGGAAUCAAUCAGACACUUGGUGAUGAUUGAUUUGUACUGUAUUUCUUUCUCAAUCUCCUCAUUUCUUGACCCUUUUCCUUGAGAUGAGUGGACAGGAACAGGCAAGAUUUCAAAGAUGGCCUCUUAAUUUGCUUGUUGUUGCUGUUUGGUCAUUUCAGUUGUGUCAACUCUUCAUGACCCCAUAUGAGGCCUUGGCAAAGAUAC